ACCACUCUGAGAACACCAUUAACCCCACUACCAAAAUACUUCUCCUACUACUACUCUGAAUCUCUUUUGUUCUUUUUGCCUAAAAAGUUGAAGACUUUCUGGAGAAGCAAUCUGACCCAGUGAAGAAGAGACCAUAACCGAUCUGUGGGUUUCUGUUUACUAGCAAUGCCGGAGAUCUAGCAGCCUGAGAUUUCUCGGCACUUUCCUAUUUUCUUCUGUUCUGAGUUUCCAAAUCUAUCUGGCUCCUUGUGAUCUUUUUUUCAGCAACUAUGGCAUCCAGAACCAAAACUGGUUUAAUGGAGACUCCUCGUAGCAAACCAUCACCGCCACCACCAAGACUAAAUAGAACAACAGGAGGAACUAAAUCAGAUGGCAGUUCGCCAUCUUCACUGCACAGCACUCGUCUCUCACUAGACCGUUCCCCACAAUCUGUUAACUCCAAGCCUACUCCUGAUCGUAGAACUGCAAGAGUUCCUACUCCUCCCGAGGCAUCACAAUCUGUUAACUCCAAGCCUACUCCUGAUCGCAGAACUGCAAGAGUUCCCACUCCUCCUGAGAAGUCGCAGUCACGGUUAGGGAAGGGACUUGAGCUACAGGCUCAGCUGAAUCAGAUCCAAGAGGAUUUGAGGAAAGCUAAUGAGCAAAUAGCAGUGCUCAAGAAAGACAAAGCCAAAGCUCUUGACGAUCUCAAAGGCUUCGAGAAGCUCAACAAAGAAGCUAACGAGAAACUCAAGGAGGCAUUGGCGGCUCAGCAGCGUGCAGAGGAGAGCUCCGAGAUUGAGAAGUUUCGAGCCGUUGAGUUAGAACAGGCGGGGAUCGAAUCUGUUCACAAAAAGGAAGCCUCGUGGAAGAAAGAGGUUGAGUCUAUAAGAAGCCAGCAUGCGUUGGACAUCUCAGCGCUUCUCUCUACCACGGAAGAGCUCCAGAGAAUUCAGCAAGAGUUGGCUAUGACUGCUGAUGCUAAAAACAAGGCGCUGAGCCAUGCCGAGGAAGCAACGAAGAUUGCUGAAAUGCAGGCUGAGAAGGCGGAGAUUCUUUCCUCUGAGUUAAGCCAGUUGAAGGCGUUGCUUGGCUCAGAGGAAGCGAAGAAAGGUGAUGAAGGAGAUGAGGUUGUGUGUAAACUGAAAUCAGAGAUUGAGAUGUUGAGAGGGAAGCUUGAGAAUGUAAGCAUACUUGAGAAUACUCUGAAGGAUCAAGAAGAGUCCAUCGAACAGCUCCAUGUGGAUCUCGAAGCUGCUAAAAUGGUUGAAUCUUGUGCUAAUAACUUAGCAGCUGAGCUGAAGGAGGAGGUUGAUAAACUUGAGAAGCAAGUUGAAGAAUCAAACAAGUUGAAGGAAUCUUCUUCUGAGUCUUUGGACUCGGCUAUGACGCAGCUGGAGGAAAACAGGCAUGCGCUUCAUGAGGUGGAGAUGGAUAAUGCUGCGUUAAAAGAAAAGAUUGAGUCGCUGGUGAAGACGGUUGCAAGGCAGGAGAAAGAUCUUGAGGAAUCACAAGGCCAGGUUUGCGUUUUAAAGGAAGAAACUUCUAAGCUUGAAAAGGUUGUUGAGUCGAUGAAGUCUGACCUUACAACCGCAAAAGAGGAGAAGGUUAGAGCUUUGGAGAAUGAGACGACUGCAGCAUCACAUGCUGAGAAUCUAUUGAACGAAAAAACGGAACUUGAGAAAGAGUUGGAGAACUGUAAGAAGGAAGAAGAGGAAAGCAAGAAAGCUAUGGAAAGGUUAGCUUUGGAUCUGCAGGAAGUAUCUAUGGAAGCAAAGGAAGCUAAGGAGAAGCUCUUGGCAUGUCAAGCAGAGGUUGAUCGUUGUGGAAGCCAGAUUGAAAGUUUGAAGUUGGCUGCUAAAGAGACGAAUGAGAAAUAUGAAAAGGUUCUCGAAGAUGCAAGAACCGAAAUUGAAAGCUUGAAAAGAAGUAUGGAAGACACUCAGAAUGAAAUUGUCAAUUCGAAGACUGAGUGGGAAAAGCAAGAGCUUCAUUUGAUGGCCUGUGCGAAGAAAUCAGAAGAUGAGAAGGUCUCUGUGCAGGGAGAACUUAGCAAGGUGGAGAAUUUGCUUAAUCUUAAGGAAACUGAGGCGGAGAAAGCAAAAGAAGAGGAAGCCAAUACGAAAAAGAAUCUCAAGGAGCUUGAAGAGGAGCUUAAGGAUCUGCAGGAAAGAGUUGAAAAAGGUAAAGCUGAAAGCAUGAAACUUAAAGAGAGCUUGCUGGAGAAAGACAACGAGCUAAAGAACGCUGCCGAAGAGACCAAAAAGCUCAGGGAAAUAGAGGUUUCUUCUCUGGCAAAAAUAGAUGAGCUGUCAAAGGUGAAUGAAAGCUUGGUGGACAAAGAAACAAAACUGCAGGGCUUUGUUCAUGAAGCGGAAGAUCUCAGAGUGAAGGAGAUUGAUUAUCUCAAGAAGAUCGAAGAGUUGUCAGCGGCGAAUGUAAGCUUGGUUGACACAGAAAACAAACUGUUGAUCCUUGUCCAAGAAGCUGAGGAGCUUAGAACAAGGGAGCUUGUUUGCCUGAAGAAGAUUGAAGAGUUGUCGGCAGUGAAUGAGAAAUUGGCUGAUAAAGAAACGAAGUUGCAGAGCACCAUUCAAGAAGUUAAGGUGCUCAAAGAAAUGGAGGCUGAAUAUAUCAAGAAGAUGGAGGAGUUGUCAUUGUUGAAUGAGAGAUUAGCCGACGAAGAAGCCAAACUGAUAUCCGCCUUUCAGGCAAAUGAAGAGUUAAGAGAAAGGGAGACUUCUUAUCAUAAGAAGAUUGAAGAGUUGUCGAAGUUAACCGAAACCGUUGCUGACAUAGAAACCAAACUCCAGAGUUCUACUCAAGAAAACGAAGAGCUUAGAGAAAGAGAGGCUGCUUAUCUCAAGAAGAUUGAAGAGUUAGCGAUGCUGCAAGAGAGUAUUGUCGAUAAAGAAAAUGAGCUUGAUGGUAUGGUCCUUGAGAUUGAGGACCUUAAAGCCAAGGACUCUCUAUCCCAAAAGAAGAUCGAAGAGCUUUCAGAUCUCAAUAAAAGCUUGCUCGUGAAAGAGAGUGAGUUACAGAGUGUUGUCUGCGAGAAUGAGAAGCUCAAAUCUGAAACGGCUUCAUCGCUUAAGACAAUAGAGGAGUUGUCUGAUCUUAAACAAAACUUGGUUGAGAAAGAAAACGAGCUGAAGAAUGCAAUCGUCGAGAAUGAGAAGCUCAAGGCCGAAGCAGCCUCAUCGGUUCAGAAGAUUGAAGAGUUGACGCACCUUAAACAGAGUUUACUUGAUAAAGAGAAGGAGCUGCAGGGUGUUUUCCAUGAAAAUGAGGAGCUUAAGGCCAAAGAGGAAUUAUCCUUGAAGAAGAUUGAGGAGUUGUUACUUCUCAAGCGGAGUUGGGUUGAAAAGGAAAACGAGUUUCAAAGAAUUAAUCAAGAGAAUCAAGAGCUUAAGGUGCAGGAAGGUGCAGCGGCAAAGAAGAUAGAAGAGUUGUCAAAGAUGAAAGAGAGUCUACUUGACAAAGAAACCGAGUUGCAGGCUGUAGUUCAUGAUAACGUUGAGCUGAAUGCUAGAGAGGCUUCCGCGCUUAAGAAGAUCGAAGAGUUAUCAACGCUGCUAGAAGAAGCUUCUUCCAGAAAAGAGAAACCAGAUGAAAAUGGUCAUCAUUUAGUCCUGAAAGCUGUAGAAUCUUCAGAGGAAAAUGGUUCCAAGUGCACAGAAGAAACUACUAGAACCGAACCAUCUCCCAACAGAACCAGAGAACAAAAGGUACAAGAAAGUCCAGUGGAAGUCUCACCAAUGCAUUGGUCAGCUCACAACGUUGAAGGAGUAGCAAAAGACGACAAAGAUAAAGACUCCAUGGAAGGAGGGUUCAAGACGUGGGAAGGAUACCAUAUAGAGAAGAAAGAAGCUUCUUCAGAGAGAGAGUCAGAGCACGAGUUUGCUGAAGAGGAAGAUGAAUCGAAAGCAGAAGGUAGUGAAAACUUUGAUCAGUUAAGCAAUGGCUUGUCUUCCUCCGCAGAACACGCUGAAGAUGCUGGAAGUCUGCUUAAAGGAACAACAGCAGAAAAAGAAGAAGCCUUUGCUCCGAAAGUUUGGAAACUUACUGAAAAAGAAGAGCACAAGCAGCAGCAGCAGCAGCCAUAAGUAGAGGACUAUCUGAUGAUUUUACUGCUAUUUCUAUUGCAACUGAACAUUAUUCCUUGGUUGAUUUUUCUUAAAUCUUUUAAGAGUAUAGUUCCAAGUUCAAUUUAAGUUGUUUAAUCUCUGUCUA